UUGCCGCUGAGUCCAUGAUUCCCCACAUUACUGCUUAUUGGGGUUUAUCUAGGGCUUCGAUUUGAUCUUCAGUCUGUUAAAAAGAUUUUAUAUCUCAAUCUCUUUUUGUUUUCUUUCCCUGUAAUUACACCUCGAAAGCUCGUCAUCUCUCUUUUCUCCGAUUUCUGUUUUUUUUUUUUGGUUUAAAUUUUGUUAUCUUGAAACCUCGAAAUUGUUUGAUUCUUUUUUCCUUUUUCUUUUUUUAAAAAUGAUUUUAGUUUUGGCAGUUGCAGAGAUCGUCUCCCUCUCGUGAAAUUUAAAAUACAAGCAGGUGAUUUUUUGUGUUUUUCCUUCCAUUUCCCUCCUUUUUUCGCUUGAAUCAAAGAGUUAUUAGAUGAAAAUUUGAUAUUAAUUAACGUUAAUAACUUUGAUGUGUAUGUUGAAUCACAUAACACCUUUCUCGUAAUUUGGAUCGUUCGAGGAGAUUCUUGAAUCGCUUAUUGGAUGCUAAAAGAACCUACAUUGAUUUAUUUAUUUAUUUAUUAGUUUUUGCAUAAUGCAUUGGAUUUUGAAUUCUUUUGUUUCUUCAUUGGAGUCAUUGAUCUGUAUUCUGGAACCGGUUGAUUAGUUCAAUAUGAAAUUCAAUGGUAGCUUUGCUUUGUAAUUGAAUACUAUAAAUUUAGCUAAGCAAAUCUUUGCUUUCGAAGAAGAACUAAAAUUGCAAUGCCAUAGGAGUUGGAUAAUGAGUUAUGGAUUUGGUGAUGUGUUUGCUAGUUGUGUUGGGAUAACUGCUAAACAUAUCCAAAAAAAUUUUAAAUGACAGUGAGUGCGGUGUUCUAGCCCUUGGCUACUUAUCUGCUAAACUUGAAUCUUAUGGAGCUUGAUAAUACUAAGGAAACUAAUAGAAGCACGCCUAGGAAAAGGGAAAAUGGUCUUCAUCUGAAGCCAGUCUCGCCAGAGGCAUCUGGUGUAGGCUUGCCUUAUGCUCCUAUGGAUUGGCCUAAGAAGGGUGAUAUAUGGGGCUGGAAGGUGGGGAGGAGAGUUGCCAUCACUGGUCAUUUCUUGGAUAGAUACCUCUAUCCUCCAAAACGCCUUCACAAGCUUGACAACUCAACUGGAAGGAAACGUGGUUUGGCUAGUAAGCUUUCAGUUGAGCGAUUUCUCCAAACGGCACUCCCUGGUGCAGACAUCAGUGCAUUUUUUGCUUCAUUCAGCUGGAAAGUCCCUGCAAAAAAGCAUUCAUUGACAAAUGUGACACGGACUUUCUUUGCUCCACCUCCUGAAGAGAUAGCUGAUCUUUCAGUGUCUGACGCCCAGUCUGAUGGUGUGACUUGUAAGGCUGGAAAUAAGAAGUGCAACAGUUUAUCUGCUGAAGCAGAAAGCCCUUCUUUGGUUCCCUUGCCUUGUGAUCUUUGCUGUGGUGAACCUCAUUUUUGCCGUGACUGUUGCUGUAUUCUAUGUAGCAAGACUACAGACUUGAAAUAUGGAGGCUAUAGUUAUAUCAAAUGUGAAGCAACGGUGGAUGGUUGUAUAUGUGGGCAUGUUGCUCAUCUGAACUGUGCUCUUCGGUCUUACAUGGCUGGGACAGUUGGAGGUAGCAUUGGGUUGGAUGCUGAGUACUAUUGCCGACGUUGUGAUGCAAAGACAUCACUGGUUCCACAUGUGACAAUGCUUUUAAAAACCUGUGAAUCCAUUGAUUCUCGUGAUGACAUUGAGAAGAUUCUGAAUUUUGGUUUCUGUAUUUUACGUGGUUCAGGGAAGACCGAUGCAAGGGAGUUACUGGAUCGUAUUGAGUUGGCUAUCACAAAGCUUAAAUGUGGGACUUCUCUUGAAGAUAUCUGGAAAGUGAAAGAAAGUGAUUGUGCUAUAUCAACAGGUGCCUUCCAUAAUGGAAAUUUAGAGCUUGAACCAACAAAUCAUCAGGACUCUCUAGAUAUUAGACCAUGUUCAGUGUCAGUUCAAUCAAUUUCUUCUGAUUAUCAGAGUGAAUACCUAAAACUUGAAUAUGAGAUUGAUCAGGUUCUUCAGGCUCUGAGAAACGCACAGGAGUCUGAAUAUAAAAUUGCAGAAGAAAAGCUUUAUGGUCAGAAGAAUUAUCUUCGCAAUCUUUAUCAGCAACUGGACAAGGAGAGAUCUGAACUGUCACAUCGGGCAUCUGGAACUGAAGCAGAUGCGUUGCUGAAUGCUAUCUUGAACAGAGUGGAUCAGAUGAAAAAAGAAGUCAUGAAACUCAAGGAAAUGGAAGUAGUGUCCAAUGGAUUUGGAAGGACUCCUAAAGUUACUCUGAAGGAACACUUUGGUUUGGAAAUUGAGGACUAAAUCAUUCUGCAUAGCAAUGGGUUAAUUUGUCCGAUGUACACCAAAUUUUGCCGUUGAACUGUAGCACAUCCUUUGAACUUUCCUUUACAUCUUUGACGGUGAAGUUGCAUAAUGCAAAAAUAGGUCAUACCAUGCACCCCAAGAAUUGUGGGUCUAACCUCCUAGAGGAUUCGGGGAAGACAUGUGAAGGCUGUUGGUAAAGGAAUACUGCAGUAUAGAAAUCGGAAUCGAACACAGCCCCUAGGGCAAGUAUAUGAUCAUACAAGGUUGUUUGGCUUUAUCAGUUUGAUGAGUUUUCUCCCAAGUGUCGUAUAUUUCAUUGAAAUAUGUUGCGUGGCUUGACAGUUAGCAGAGAGGGAAGUUGGAUCACUCAUCGGUUCUGGGUAUGAUUUGGUAAAACCGCUGUCAGAAAAGCCACAAAAAACCCUGUGACUUUGAACAAAGUUGCGUACCAUUUCUCACUUUAAUGAAUAGAAUGGGGGCUCUGUGAUUGGAAUUCUUUGUGUCCCAGCGAAACAAAAGCAGUCUUUGUGCAGAGAAUUUUUGUUCUUUCUAAUGGAGAAGAUUCAAAUUUUGCAUUUCGCUGGUUCUAGCAUUGCCCAUCUUGUUUAAGAUAUUUAACAUUAUAACCAUCUUGAAAGUUGCAUUUAGGUAUUAAUUACGCAUAA